AUGUGUGAGCCUGUCGUCCUGCACAGAGCUGCUGACUGUCUCUGCAUCCGAAACUCACUGAGAGAGAGACAGAGAGUGUGUCUGUGAGUGUGUGCAUGGUGCAGCGCGUCAACCUGCCUGUAGCGUUUAAUGCAUGCAGCUUUGAAUGACACUGUGACAGCUGACUGACUGAACGGAGGAAACGUGGAGUAACAGAUUUACAGGAUCAACUUUUUUUUGUGAGGAAUUAUGAGAAACGUGGAGCUGUGAUUUUUAUAUCCGAUUGACAACUGACAAGAGAGGAGGAGAUGGAGAAUAAGGCCAUGUAUCUGAGCACGUAUGAGGAGAGAGAGAACGGCUCCAUGUACGAGGACAACUACGAGGGACGCAACCUGUCCAAACUCAACCUGUGUGAUGAAGGUUCUGCUAAGCGCCGCAGGAAGCAGGAUCAGUGCUGCGGUCACCUCAACUCCCUCUCAGCCAUCAAGUACGCCAUCGUCUCCCUCUACAUCCUGGUUGUUCUCACCAUCUUUGGACUCUGCCUGGCAGUCUCCCGUUCCCAGGUGUCCUCACAGCGCCAGGAGGUGCUGAUGGAGAACGUGACCCGGAUGUCGGAGCGCUCUCGGCAGCUCCAGCAGAACCUGGGCGAGCCCUCCACCCAGGCUGACUUGCUGGAGAACAUCUGGAAACUGGAGAACCUCUUCCACAACCACAGUGACUGGCUGCAGAGGCUGGAGAUCCUCAUGAAGACCCUGGAGGUGGAUGUGAGGAGCAUGCAAGCUCACUCCCUGCAGUCUGAGGGUUACCUGGUGCAGCUGGACGACAGGUUGUCCACUCUGAGCAGCUCGGCCAGCAGGAACCUGACGGGUCUGAACACAGAGGUGUCCAGAGCCUCCAUCUGGCUCCGCGAUCAGGAUGUCCUGCUCAGGGACACCUCGCGUCAGGUGAGCAAGCUGAGGGAGAAAAUGGACGAGGUUAAUUGGACAGUGGGAGCUGUCAAUCACACCUUCACCAAUGACAUCAGUAUUCACCACGUGAAGAUACAUGACUUGCAGAUCCAGAUCAGCAACAUCACAGAGGACACCAGCAGUUUAUGGGUGACCCACGUCCACACCGAGGCCCAGCUAAGGAGCGAGAUGGAGAUCCUCAACACCAUCACCGAGGACCUCCGCCUGAAAGACUGGGAGCACUCCACGGCCCUGAAGAACCUCACCAUUUUCGAAGGUCCACCUGGGCCAAAGGGAGAGAAAGGUGAUACUGGACCACUGGGGCCUGCUGGGGCCCCUGGGUUUUCGGGCUUGAGAGGGUUUACAGGAGAAAAAGGCAUCCAGGGCCCUCGGGGGAUGAAAGGGUCUGCUGGGGACGAGGGCACUCCAGGAGAAAAAGGAGAGGUUGGACCUGCUGGGCCCAGAGGUGACAAAGGAGAAAGAGGAUUCAAGGGGGAGAAAGGGGAUAGAGGAGAGAAAACAGUGGAGGAGACUCUGGUGCGGCUGGUGAAUGGGUCGGGUCCUCACGAAGGUCGCGUUGAGGUUUUCCACGAACGCCGCUGGGGGACGGUGUGCGACGACGUCUGGGACAAAAAGGAUGGAGACGUGGUGUGUAGGAUGCUGGGAUACAAAGGAGCCAUCGAGGUGCAUAAGACGGGGCGGUUUGGACAAGGCACUGGUCUGAUCUGGAUGGAUGACGUGGCGUGCACAGGAGAUGAGGACACCAUCCAUCAGUGCAAGUUUCCUGGUUGGGGCAAAACAAACUGCGGCCAUGUGGAGGACGCUGGAGUGACCUGCAUUGUUUAACCUCCAGUAGACCUGAUGCUAACAGACUGCGGAGUGUCUCCUUUAACAGUGCCUUAUAUAAACUCUUAAGAAGCAACAGGAUGCACAACAGCCUGCCACAGCUGGAGGAUCACUAAAGCAGAACGUUGUCUAUUAACCUGCGAGAAUCCUCCGUGUUGUGCAUGAAGGAAAUCUGCAGCUUCUUCAGGAUCGAGCACAUGAUUGUUUAUUCUCUACAAGACUGAAUGAGAGGAGCGGAGAAAGCGCACAUAUUUCCAGACUUUGCUUUUUCUUACAUGGAGAAGAUCAAUGACAGCGUCUUCAGACUGAAGGUCAAAGGUCGGCUUUUAGAGGCUCAUCCAGGGUCAGGUUUGCUGUUUUGACCUCCAGCUUAAUCCAGCCACUUCAUCAUCACAGAGUUUUCUGUCGUCAGCCGUCGUCUCUCACGAUGCAGAGGAGCUGAAAGUGCACAUAAAAAAAAAACAGACGAGACUGUGUCAGAGAGAAAUGUAUUUUCACUUAGAGGCAGCUGCUCUUCACAGUAUUAUGUAGGAAUGGCUUUGAGUGAUGCUUAACAUACACAGUACUGCUUUAUUACCUUUAUCUCAUAUAGCAUUACAUAAAAAACAAUGUUUUGGUGAUUUGCAGGUUAAAAGAAGUCAGACUGGAGUUUAAACUUGUCUUUAUUUAGGGUCAAAUUUCACAUUUUUACAACUUCUUCUCUUUUUGAUGUUUUAAAGGUGCCCUAUGGAACUUCAGGUAAACAGGAAGUUUUGCCAUUACACCUUUGCAAAACACAUUUUUAGAGUAUUUCAAUUCAUGCAUCGGUAACCACACAUCCAUGACAGUUGUGUUUCCUUGACUUUGUUGGCAAAUAAUUAAUUUGUGGGCACAACAACCACAAAAUAUCACGUAGUGUCAUUUAGGUAUGAAAGUAUCAUUUGGAACAUGUUCUUUCUGCAUUCAGAUUACAGACUGUAUAAAAACAUGGACAGCUUAACAGUUGCCCAAAAGUGAAACCAAAACAUUCAGAGCUCUUCCUGGUGACAGGCUUCAGUAUAUGUCUUAAAACCUGCUUCCUCCAUUGUAGCAGAUGGAGCAUGAGUCAAACUAGAAAAUUUAAAUACACUUCAAUUUUUUCUUAAACAUGCUUUCUGUCAGAGCAGUUAUCCCAUAUCUAUAUAUAUAUAUAUUUUUUGCCUUUUUAUUGAUAGUACAGCUGAAGAGAGACAGGAAAUGUGGGGAGUAGAGAGCGGGUAGUAGAGAGCGGGGAGGACAUGCAGGCGACCACUGCAACGAGGACUGUAGCCUCUGUAUGUGGGGCGCUUAGACCGCUAGGCCACCAGCGGCCCCUAUUUAUAUUUAAUUUUAAUUAGUUAUUUGAUUCUAAAAAGAGGGGAUGGGACAUCAUGAUUGACCAUAAGAUAAAUGUUUAUUUUGGUUACUCCUGCUCCACCAGGGCUACAUGUCAGCCCCCAUCGCAGUGGCAUUUUGGCUUCACUUCUCUCAUGGGGAGGAGAUUGAUGCAGGCAGUCCAUAUUAAUAUAUGGGAAAUGUUGUCAGUUGAUAUACGAACACAAAAGGCUACACUUUAUAAAAUGCUGACUUGUGUCAUCUCUUGUGUCCAAAAAGUUGCAUAGCAUACCUUUAAUGAAAGUUGUGAAACUCCUUCAAAUAUUUUCUCAUUGUAGACACAGAUGACUUAAACAUAUAGAUUCAUAAAUGUAUCUUUAGUACAUCAAAGCUUAAUGUUGUGUUUGGACUUGCAGAUUACGCCCGUUCUUUUCUGUGGUGGAGACCAAAACGGAGCUAAAAGUAGACAUAAAAACAAAUCCAGUUAAUUCCUUAUGUUGUUCUUUUUCUGCUGCUUGGAUGAAUUGGCAAAGGGUGACUAGUUAUUAGCUUAAGAAAAUGUACAAGGUGCAUAUAUAUUCUGGCUUCCUUAUAUGUUUUGCAAACACAAUUUAAUUCAGCUUUGUAGAGUUGUUUUAAUCUCAACAUCUGACGUCUUUGAGCUUGCAAAUCACCAAAUGAGUUUUGACUUUGUGCCUUAUAUUUUUAUAGUGAAAAUGAAGAGAAAUCUGUGACUAACAUAGAGAUCAGAAAGGGUUAUUAUCUUUCACUGCAGUUGACAGAUGAAGCAAUCACGAAGGAGAACAGAUGAGUAUAAACAGAUGGAUGCAUGGACGCCUGCCCUGCCUUGCUCGAUUUACAGCGGCGGGUCUGCCGGUGUUUCCUGCCAAACGUUGGGUUGUUCUUGCAUUAAUGUGGAAGUGUAUGCACACACACAAACACACCACAAUCCAACCAUAACAGACUACAGUUUUAUGCCUCUCUCAGAGGGGUUUAAUCUUUAUGAGCUGCCCUCAAAUCCAGAAAGCUGGUACCUCCCAAGUGUUCGCUUCUUCCUCUGAUCCAACACACAGACAUCAGGAAAAAAAGAUGUAUGAAGGAGUCUGUCUCUUUACCCAGUCAUGUUUUAUAUUUGAAGAGGGAAAACAUUUUAGUGCACCUUAAAAUCUGCCAAACUCACAAACCUCACAUUUCCCCCCCGAGGAGCUGUAGUUGAAUUCCCACUGUUUUUAUAUUCUGGAGUGAAAUCUGUCCGAGUCAGCUGUCCUACUUUAAAGAAGUCAUGAAUGGAUUGGCCCGCUUUCUUUUCAUAGAAUUAAUCUGCACACAUGAUGUCCGUUAAAGUGCCCAUGAAAGGGAGGGAUAUAUGUUUGGAUGUGGAUUUGACUUUAUAAGGCAUUGCAACCACAAAUUACUUUCUCUACCUCAUGUUCAAGCGCCUCAGUGUUUGUGUUUGGUUUCUGUCUGAAGCCGCAACUUAACCACGAAAGAUUACAAACUUAAUGAGGGAAAGGGAAAUUUUUAAAAAGGGGAAAUGAGGUGAGAAACCAGAUUCAGACAGGGUAAAAUACUGCAAACGUUAUUUGGUGAAGUCACUUAGCAGCAUCUGCAAAAUCACAGACUUUUGUGUAAGUGUAAGUGGUCUGUGGCUGUGUCUUAAAUCACAUUGUGCUCAAAAAUUCCCCUUUUGUUGGUGCUGACUGAAUUAUGAGUGAGAGUUGUUCUACCCUACAGGCAAAGUUAAAAAGCAGCCAUUACUGCAGUGGCAUCUCCCUACAACAUCAGUGCGUUCUCAUGCAAACUGAUGUGUCUAAUUUUCUGCUUUUAAUAUAACUCUCUCUUUAACUCUACUUCUAAUAAUGCUGUAAAGGAUAUUAUGUGGCAAAUUACAACAAAUGUUAUCCUCAGACUCUUUCCAAACAGAGCAGGUCUAGACCGUACUCUAUGUUCUAUUAUUAACAAAGACCCAACAUCAAGACAGGAUCAGAUCCAGUCCCAUCUUACAGACAGGACUCAGUCUGAUCUCAUCUUAAUCCACCAUUAACAGAGCACUUUGCAGCAUUUAGCAAGUUACAGUGGCAGCAGAAACCUCCAGCAGGACCAGACUCAUGUUAGACAAACAUCUGCUGAUACCGUGUUGGAGAGAGGGAUAGAGGGAGAUGAAGAGAAAAACAGAUCUAAUGGGGAGACCAUAGUUGUCGCCGCUGGAGUCUGGCACGUCCAAAACAUCAGGCCGUCUACGGCAGAGACUUUGCAGCAUUUAGCAAGUUAUAGUGGCAAGGACAAACUUCCUUUAACAGGCAGAAACCUCCAGCAGGACCAGACUCAUGUUAGACACACAUCUGCUGAGACUGAGUUGGGGUUGGAAAGAUGGAUAGAGGAGAUUGAAUAAGUGAGACGGAUGGUAGUAAUCCUAUCCGCUGGCACGUCUGUGUAGCCGCUGGCACGUCCGCAGCAGCAGGCCGUCUACAGCAGAGAGAGGACGUAGAUAUUCUUAAGUAGAGAAUAAGUUAGUCAUUUUGUUCCUCUCCUUGUGACUUGUAGGCGGCCUUUCGUUGUUUAUCUCAAGGCAAUGAAUAAAAUGGGCCACGUCCUUAUCAUUCCUCUACUAGCUAGCAAGCUAAUUAAGCUAAGUGAGAGCUGCGUGUAAUCAUUGCAGUCCAGUUGAGUUAGCAAAAAUAUGGAAAAUACGUGCUUCAACUUUUAUAAAAUUGCAUUCCCUGAUGCAGCUUGUAGAAAUAAGUUGUAUUUCACAGCACUUCAUCACAAACAUGUGGCGGAUGUUUACAUCUAACGUCUUUAAUCCAAUAGGCAGGAGACAGAUAAGUCACCCGGUAUGGGGUAGUGAAUGAGAGUGUGAUUUCAGACACAGCCUGUAUGUCUGGAAAUUAAAGCUCCUGCAGUGUUGCCCUAAACCUGCAUUUAUGCUAACGGCCAGCAGGGGGCCACGUUGAGUCAAACUGAUGUGAAGUCUACAAGAGAACAACCCUUCUUCUCUUGAUGUAUUGCCACAGUAAAUACUUCUGUACUAACUUUUCAGGUCUUAAUAACUCCCUUUAACUCUUCUCUAUUAUCAUAGUUUUGUUUCAGGAAGCUAAAUGUUAUGUGUAAAAUACAGCAGCUGAUGGCGGCAGAACCUCCAGCACAUUUGAUUAAAGAGAUUUCAACACCCAUUGUCAGACUCUUUGGCGACUGAGUUCUUCAAAUAUGAAGAUUAAGUCAUGAGAAAGAAAUUAAACCCCCUGAAAAUAUGUCUGGUAUAACAGUUAACCAUUCUGUCCUCUAUGAUGAUGAUGAGGGGGCAAGAUAGCGCCAUCCUGAGAGCAUUAUGUACAUACAAACAGUGCUCUAACACUGUGUCCAACACUCAAAAAUAGGCCUCCUUUUUCAUAAGCCUUGUUGGAAAAUGCCAUUUGAUCAAAUAAAGAUGUGAAGGAGAAUUCAUGAGGACUUGGAGGACAAGUUCAGAGUGAUACGACUCCAGAAUAAUCCCAUGACUAUAUUUCAAUCUGCACAACUUAUUCAGAAAAUAUGCAACUUCAUCCUCGGAGUAUUUUACACCAAGUGCACUUAACCGCUUAAUUGUGUCAUUUUUUACAGUGUUGAUUUUCAAAGUGUUGAUUUCAAAGCAUACCUGCUUGUACAAAGACCUUACAGUGCUGCUUUGGCAUUAGUGUAUUCAUGCGUGUGUGUGUUCUAUUACAUUGUGCUGGUCAUAACACACAUAAGGGCUCCAGAGCUAACAACAUAGAUCAAUGAUUACGUCAAGAAGAUACUUGAUACACUGCUUCACUUGGCUUACACCUUUUGAUUUACGUGCUGUUGAUUUGUACCACUAAAUGCUGUAUAUGCACUGCUGGAAUAAUAAAAUGUAGAUUUGUUUAA